AUGGUAUGUUCAAUCUAUAUUAUAGACUAUUAUGAGACUUAUACUAACAUGUUUUUUUAGUCCAAACCAUUUAUACCUUCAAAUUUAAAAUUAUCAGAUCUAUUAAAUUAUCGACUUAAAAUAUCAACCGUAGAUAAUAAAAAUUAUAUUGGAAUCUUAUUAAGUUUUGAUGAUAAAUUAAACUUGGUGCUUUCAGAAACUGAAGAAACUAGAAUAAAUAAAAGAACAUAUGCUGAAAUGAGAAAAAAUAAUAGUAAUAAUAAUAAUACUGGCUCAUCUACAAAUAAUAUAAAACCAGUAUAUGAAAAAAGAACAUUAGGUUUAAUUAUAUUAAGAGGUGAUCAAAUUGUUAAUUUAACAAUUGAAAGUACUCCUUUAACUUCAGUAAAAGAUAGGAUUGAAAAAGGUGCAAAUAAAUUUGGUAAAGAUCGACCUUUGGCUAAACCAAGAGGCAAAAUAAAAAAAUUGGCAUAA